AGUUUAUUGCAGUUUGCUCAUCGUAGACAGUCAUUAUUUGAUAAUGUUCAAACAAACUGUGCUAAUUUCCAUUAGCAUAUUAUUGUUAAGAGUAUCAAGUACUUUUACUGAACAGAAUCACUCUGCAUCAGAACAAUGGACAUUUAAUGAACAUAAUUCUUUGGAUUCAGUGAAUUUAAACAAUAUUUUAGAUGGCGGUAAUUGUAAUAAUGAACAGUGUUUUGCAAAUACAGGAUCAUUAAAUCCUAUUAAUUUACCGUUAUUACCUAUAAUCUUUGCUCAGUCCGAGGAUUUGCCAGAUGGAAAAUGUAAAAAAGAUGCACAACGAUUUUUAAAGGAAUUGCAAAAUGGUACUCUGUGGGCUGUGCAAAUGUUCGAUUCUUCAUCAAAAUAUCCUGAUGGCGUAUUAUACGGUAAUACAAGACAUUUGGGUAAUUUUGAUGAAUGUUACAAUUUGCAAAAUGAUAUGGGAGAAGUUGAAAAUAAAAUGGCUGGUAGAUAUUGUUUAGUCGAUCUUGAGUAUAAAAGGAAAGAUGCAAUUUCUUAUAAACCUGCUAUGGAUUACGAUCCAAAUGAUUCUUUUUGGGAAGCAAUAGAGGAACGAGGAAAUAUUCAUCGCAUUCGUCGCUAUUUAUUAAAACUAGCUUUAUGCGUACCAUCGACAUGUAGCGCAAAAGAUGUAGAAACGGCUUUAAAAAGGCCUCUGGAAAAGAUCGGUGAAAGAAACAAUAUUAAUAUAAAGCCUGCUAUUCAUGUGAAUUUUUGCCAAACAAUUGAGGAAGCGCCUAAAUUUACUUUCGCUGCAAAAAUAUAUUGUCUCGUAUUACUAAGCUUGUUGAUUGUAAUACUCGUCAGUACUUGGUAUGAGACUGAAUUAAGUAGUGGAAACACAUCAACUUUAAAAAAAGCAUUACUUUGUUUCUCACUUCGGAGAAAUUUUAAAAGUAUUCUUCAGGUAAAUUACUCGAAUCCAGGUCUAGACAGCAUACACUUUAUACGAUUAUUCUCCUCAAUUAUUGUACUAACUGGACAUCGUCUGAUACAAUAUUAUGCUAAUCCGACGGUUAAUAUCAUACAGUUUGAACAAUUAUUUGCUUUACCGGUAACAACCUUUUAUUUAAAUGGAAAAGUUGUGAUAGACGUGUUUUUUGCAUUAGGCGCUCUUCUAGUCACAUAUCAUAUGUUAGCGGAUUUAGAUCGAAGGAAGCAAUUCAAUUUUUUCAAUGAUAUUGUAACUAGAUAUUUUAGAUUAACACCGUCCUACGCCAUAAUAAUUUUCUUCCAUAUUUGGAUCUUACCGCUUCUUGGUUCGGGACCCUUUUGGAAGCAUGAAAUCAUUCAGGAGAGCGAGGAAUGUGCCGCUAAUUGGUGGUCAAAUCUACUAUAUAUUAACAAUUAUGUAAAAUCAUCAGAAAUGUGUAUGUUUCAAACGUGGUAUUUAGCCGUCGAUUUCCAAUUAUUUAUUCUUAGCCAAUUUAUAAUUUACGCAUUUUGGUGUAUGCCUCGUAAAAUUGGAUAUUCUUUUCUCGGAACACUAACAAUCAUUAGCUGUGCUAUACCGUUUUUUUUAACAUAUUCAUAUGGUAUAUUGCCUGUUUUUCUAUUUACGCCUCGCUUGAAUCAUUUCAACGAGGUACCAUCCUUUACGACAAAUUAUAUACUCCCAUAUAUGCGUUUUGUUGCAUAUUUUGUUGGUAUAACCGCGGGUGCAAUACUUCACGAUCAUAGAGGAAUAAAACGGGAAAUAUCGACAUUCUGGUCGCAUAUAUUGGUUUUAAUAUUGCCUUUGACUUUGACUGUUACAUUUCAAUUGUGGGCGCAUAGAUUUUUUAUGCCAUACUCCGAGUGGUCACCUCUAGAAGGUGGAUUUUGUUCAUUCUAUCAGAAAUUACUAUUUGCCGUUUGCAUUUGUGCUACGAUAAUCGUAUUAUCCCUCGACAGCCGUUUAACAUUUUACCAUAAAUUUUUGACGCCUGGUUGGGUCCAAAUAUUAGGAAAAUUAACUUAUGGAGUUUUUCUAGUGAGUGAUAUAUUUCACAUAUACAACAAUGGACGAAGAAGAAGCGCUAUAAUGUUUUCAUUUUAUGAUUUAAUAUGGGAUUCUUUUCCAGACAUAAUCUCUUCCUUUUUGGUUGCUUUAGUUCUUACAUUAUGUGUUGAGAUACCAUUUAGAAAAUUAGCACAAGUAUUUCUUCCCUCAAAAAAAGCUGUCACUAAAUGAGUAUUUACCCGUAUUUAAAAUAUUUUCUGAUAUUAUUUCUUAUUUUUGAACAAUAUAAUUUAUCAUAAAUAUAUGUAACUCUAUGUAUUACAUAACUAUUAAACAAUUAAAUGCUGCGUUUAAAUAAUAAAUUACUUAUAAAAUUUAA